AAAAUUCUAGAGAAUGAAUGGGAACGCUUCCAUUUGUUUCCAUUCCGAUAAAUACUCCUCACCGUUUCUUACGAUCUUCCAUUCUCAAUCACCGCUUCACCCUCCCAUCUUCCAAUUCCAUCCACACUCUAACAUAAGGUGCGUUUAGUAUUGAAAAUCAAGUGCAGUUGGGAAGAAGAUUUCAUAACUGAAGUUUUAGCGAAAUUCAUCAAGAUGGCUGAUGAAUCUGUAGCUAUCCCAAUUAUGGGAAAGGAAGAGAAGACAAAGGUUGAAGUUGAGUCUGAGGUUGUUAAGGUGGAUGAUGAGGUGGAGAAAGAAAAGCAUGAGGUUAAGAUCAAGAGCAAGGAGGCAAAAUAUGAAGAUGGAAAGAAAGAGAAGACAGAGGUGGAGGUUCAACUCAAGAGCUCAUCAGGGAGGAAAGAGAAGAUGAAAGAUGUUGAGAAUGAAAAGGAGAAGAAGAAAGAAGAGAAGCAGAAGAAGAAGGAUGAAGGCAAAGAUGAAAAAGAAGCAAAAAAGAAGCACAAAGAUGAGGAUGGAGCAGAGAAGGAAACAGAAGUGAAGAAGAAGAAGAAGGAAAAGGAAAAGGAAGAGGAGAAGAAAGAGAAAAAAGAUGAAAAGAAACAUAAGAAGAAGAAGGAAGUUGAGGAUGAUGAAGAGUGUGAAAAAGAAGAGAAGAAACAGGAAAAGGGUAAGAAGGAUAAAGAGAAGGAGAAGGGUAAAGGUGGUGAUGCAGUGGAAGAUAAGAAGGUGAAGAAAGGAAUUGGGAAUGAAGAAGAAGAAGACGAUGAUGAUGAUGGUAAAGAAGAGAAGAAGAAGAAAAAGAACGAAGAGAAGGAAAAGAAGAAGAAGGAGGAGAAGAAAAAGGAAAAAGGUGGGAAAGAGAAAGAGAAAAGAGAGAAGAACAAAGUAGAAGAUGAAGAAACGGAGGAGAAGGAUGAAGUAGACGAAGAUGAAACGAAGGGAAAGAAGGAGAAGAAGAAGAAAGAGAAGGAAGAUGAAACGAAGAGCAGAAGUAGGGAAAUAGAGAUAGAAAUAGAAAUAGAAGUAGAAGAAGAAGCAGGUGAGAAGGGAGGUUGUAGAGGAGGAGGAGGAGAAGAGGAGAAGGAUAACGAGAAGAAAAACAAGAAAGAUAAAGAAGAAAAGAAGAAGAAAGUAGAAGAGAAAAACAGAAGUAGAGAUGUGGGGAAAUUGAAACAGAAACUAGAGAAGAUGGAUGUUAAAAUCAAUGCCUUGCUCGACAAGAAGGCAGACAUUCUGAGGCAAAUAAAAGAAAUUGAAGACGCAAAUUCCAACAUUGUUGCUGCUGCUGCAAAACCUACGGAAGAAGUGGCAUAACUUUGGUGGGAGUUGUUGAUUGUUGGGGGAUGUAUUGUUGUUGUUCCAAGGUUUAUACAGUAUCUUAUCUUCUCUGUUGUUUCAACGAGUGUUGUAUUGUAUUGUAUUGUAGUGUAUUGUAACAUACACAUGUUUAAUGGACAGUGAUUAUUGUUUCUUUUA